GUAGCGUUUCCUGUGUUUGUAAACUGAGAAAAACUGGAACUCGGACAAGAAACUUAACAGCCAGCGAAACACGAGCGGCUCAGAAGGCCACAACAAGUGUUGAACUUCAUAGAAGCAGCCACAGGAAUCCAAUCAAGAGAGACAAGGAGAGACACAUGGAGCCCAGCUGAGAUAUAACCAUAGCCUGGACUAGGAGCUGGAUGGAUUGCACUGUCUGGGUGCCAGAUGAUUUGGGGGGGGACUGAUCAUUUUCCAGACAGACCAUCCUGAGUGACGAUUCCACACGCGACACACAUACAGUUACCACAGCAAUGACGCACCUACCUAGCAAUACCGUUCGUGACCACAUGAAAUGGGCAGGGUUGCUGGGCUGUGAGGCUGUUCUGUCCAGCAUGGCCUUGAUGCAGGCCAGUUCCAUGGCUGGGCAGAAGAAGAUGACAACGCCAUUGGGCCAAGGGCAGAGAGAAGGCCCAGAACACGUCCAACACAACCACAUGGUCCUGCCAUCUGGAAUGAGCUGUCCACCCCUGUUGAUCCGGAAAGAGGGGGAGUUCCAUUCAUCCCGUCUGCUGGAUGAGAAGGGCAUGCGGGAGAGCGGAGCAAUGCAACAGCAGCAACAGCAGCAGAAGAAGAAGAACAGGAAGUCAGGAACACCCUGCAAAGUGGGGGUGGCAGACGAAAAUGGGGACUGCUCUCUCAAAGUGCAGAAGAACUUCAUCUGCGAGCAUUGCUACGGUGGCUUCCGAAGCAGCUACCACCUGAAGAGGCACAUCCUCACACAUACAGGUGAGAAGCCCUUUCCAUGUGACGUGUGUGAUAUGCGGUUCAUUCAGCGUUACCACCUAGAGCGACACAAGCGAGUCCACAGUGGUGAGAAGCCGUACCGGUGUGAACGUUGCCAGCAGAACUUUUCUCGGACAGACCGACUACUGCGUCACCGGCGCUCGUGUCAGGCAACCAGCGAAGCUCGCCCACACUCCCAGGAGACGCCUGCUUCCACUGCUGCCUGGGCCCCCCUACAGGGAGCCCCAAGUCGCCUGACUGUCUGAUGGAUCCCUGCCACCUGCACCCUCCUGGAGAAACACAACAAGCAGCAGGUUCAGCUCCCCAAAGUCCAGGGUUCAGUGGCGCCAUGCGCUGGAGUACGCUGUUACUGCAGCUUCAACCGUGACUGCUUGUGGGAGACAACGUUCUUUGGUUUUUUUUUUUUUUUUUUUUUUUUUUUUUACCCACUUACAUUGAGUUAAGGUGGAUUAUUUUGUACUUAUUUUAUUUGACUACAAAGAAAGUUUUCUUUUAUCAUUUUUAAUUAUUAUUAGAUUAUUUUUCUGUACUGUUGGAGGUACCGAAAGAAGUAGCAAGAGGUGGGUCAUGGGCAACUGUUUCUUAAAACACUAUGGCAAUAAUAUUUGUAAAAGGAUGAAAUGGCAGAAGAAAAAUCAAAAUCCUGUCAAAGGCACUGGUGGUACAACAGUCUGCCAUGCAAAGCAGUUACUGGAAAGGAGGAUGUGUAGCUGUUUGUUUCUUUGUGAAUGGAAGCUACGUGGAGUUUUUGGUGAAGUGGGAGCCUGGACUGGUGUGAUUCACACAUCCUGUAGGCAGCAAUAAAACCAGCGAGUGUUUGCUAGGCUCCCAGGUAAAGCAGUGAUGAGGAACCAGUUAAGAUUACAUUCUUCAUGUGCUGGUGGGUUCUGUCGCUGAUACCAUGCGUACUCACCGUAGAAAUAUUCAUUGUAAAAACACAAAACCCUGUUGCCUUCAGAUAUUUAGAAAAAGACAAUUAUGAUAGUAAUUUGUUUCCACAUACCUGUAUGUGUGUUUUUUUUUCCCCAUAGAGUAGGGCUCAGAUUGCAAAUUGUUUAAUUUCCAAGCGUAAAAUCAGGAAAGGACGAAACCUCACAGACUAGUCUUGGG